AUGUUGAAUUUUACUCUGAAAGAUAUUCAUCAAUCUUCAAUAGUGGUGGCCGUUAGGGUCAGGCCAUUUACCGAGGAUGAAUUGUCACAUUUGAUUAACGAUGCUGAAGUGAAGAGUUUUCCGAGACUCGGUGAUACCAAUCUGUCACUGCCAAGAGAGGUGCUAAAUGGCCACAAGCCGGAUGGCGAAUUCACAGAAGAAUCGUCCGUGAGGCCACCAGCAAUGCUGAGACCACAAGGCAUAAGAAAGGUAGUUGAAUGCGUGGACGACAAAAUGUUGAUUUUUGACCCUGCCGAUAGCCUCCCUCUUAGUAGGGUAAAUGAUACAGUUCUAAAUUCUAUGUACUCACUCAAGAGGGCAAGCAGAAGAAGACUUCGAAGGAAUGGUGGUGAAACCAAAUUUGUUUUUGACAGGCUAUUUGAUGAAACUGCAACACAAGAGCAGGUAUACGAAUGCACCACAAGACCUUUACUUGAUUCAGUAUUGGAUGGCUUCAACAGCACUGUCUUUGCGUAUGGCGCAACAGGUUGCGGCAAGACGCAUACGGUUUCUGGAACGUCUGAAAAACCUGGUAUAGUGUUUCAGGCUAUGCAGGAAUUGUUCAUUAAAAUGGAUGACUUGAGAGAUAGUAGAGAUUUCGAGAUUUCCUUGUCGUAUCUGGAAAUAUACAAUGAAACCAUUCGUGAUCUAUUAAACCCUGAAAUAUCAUCAAAAAAACUGGUUAUAAGAGAGGAUAGUGAGAAUAGAACGACUGUUACGAAUCUUUCGCUCUAUAAGCCAACAAAUGUGCAAGAGGUUAUGGAUCUCGUAAUUAGAGGUAAUAUGAAUCGAACAACAUCACCAACCGACGCCAACGAAACAUCAUCAAGAUCGCACGCAGUUUUGCAAAUCCAUAUAAUGCAGAGUGAUAAGUCAAUGGACUUAACAAUGAAUCAUACCUUUGCAACCUUAUCAGUUAUUGAUCUGGCUGGAAGCGAAAGAGCUGCUUCAACAAGAAAUAGAGGACAAAGAUUGCAUGAGGGAGCUAAUAUUAACAGAUCUUUGCUAGCACUGGGAAAUUGUAUAAAUGCACUUUGCAUAAGUGACGGAACACGCAGGACGUGCCAUGUGCCCUACAGAGAUUCGAAAUUGACAAGGCUCUUGAAAUUUUCACUAGGUGGAAAUUGUAAAACUGUAAUGAUAGUCUGUGUAUCACCAAGCAGUACUCAUUAUGACGAAACUCUCAACACAUUAAAAUAUGCAAAUCGUGCGAAAGAAAUCAGAACAAAGGUUUUAAGGAAUCAGCAAUCUUUAGAUAGACAUGUUGGGUCAUAUUUGAAAACAAUUUCAGAGCAAAAGAGGGAAAUUGAUCAAUUACGUAACCGAGAAGCAACCAUAGUCGCUUUAAAUUUAAAAAGACACAAGGUUUCACAGGAAAAGAUUCAUAUGGCAAUUGAAGAUUGCAUUUCAGCUGUUACCAGAAGUUAUGAAACCAUGGAGAAUUAUCAGAACGCGAAGUCAAUCAAAUCGCUGGUGCUUUGUAAAAGACGUUUCCUACAGCUUGUUAUACUGGAGAUCGCCAACAUUAUUGAGAUAGUGAGGAAUGAACCCAACACGAUUGCAAUCACAGAUAGUUGCGGAUUGUUGAUCGACCAGUUGCAGGGGAAAAUUUUGGAACUAGAAGCGAAAUUCGAUUCACCAGAUGAACUCGAUUUAGCCAUCAAAAACUGCCAUGAGGUGUCUCUGAAAAAACUGCAAGAGAUGGAGAACUGGAGCAAUCUGCGAGACCUUGCGUUCUUCCAAUCUAGAUUAGACCACGUAUCGGAAAUGAUCAGGAACGAAAUUCUCGUCCAAUAUUCAAUGAUGCUCGAAAAACUACUUCAAGACAAGACACUGUCACACAGGCUCAAAUGCUUGUCGUGCUGCAUAAUACAGAAACAAGACGUUCAAGCAGCAAUCAACGAUCUAGUCAAGAUUGAUGACGAAUUCGAAGAAUUUGGCCAAUCAUUCUUGAUCCAGAGUAAGCCAUCGUCCUCUUCCUCCUCCUCAUCCCUAUCAAAAUCAUCACGUUCACCGCAAAGACUGCCCAUCACAAAGACCGUGCGCUGGCUCGAUACAGACACGUCUCAGGUAAAUCAACAAACCGAAUCCGCACCAUCUGCACCAAAUUCACCAUCGUCUUCGCCUUCGCCUCCACCUCCACCUCCACCUCACAUCCAUGCUGAUCUCCAUACUGGACCCGAUCCUGCGGAGGUCGAUGUCAGUAUGCAAGACAUUAACACCUCCUCCGACCUCCUACCAAGUAAUCGGAACCGUUCCGUGAGAAACUCCCUGCUUACGCUACAACUGCUGUCCAACACUAAUUGA